CCCGCCCCGCUUAUAUAAAUCCAAUUUCCUAUCGUAACUACGCAUUCAGUUCAUACAAAACCGGUGGUAUUAAACCGACUUCUCCAUCCCGCCUACCCUAAUUAUAUCAUCCUUCAUUUAUUUACUCCAAAAACAACUGAUCUGAAAAAAUUAUAUUUACUUUUUCCCCUUUGUUAUGUAUAGUCUGCGUGCUUGAAGGGAAGGCUGAAGCUAAGGUUAUCCGUUUCCCUUCGUGCCAGUCCACUUCUCUUCCUUUUUCUUAAUCCAAGAUUAUCGCCGGAUGUAUAUAUAUUUAAUUAUUCUCUGUUAAAAGGGAAAUUUGAUUGGUAAAUUCGGAGCAAAAAGUCAUUUGAGGUUUUAGGUGAAUGACGAGUGCUUCGGAGUUGUUCUACACUCGAAGGUCGAGAGUAGGUCGACCCGAUCCCGAUCCAGGGAUCGACUCUUCAAUUGAUCGGAAUUACAAUCGCCGCUAUCACAAUCACAGGCAUGACCUGGACGGCUGUCAACAUCUCCGUCUCUCCCCACACGUGCGCCACUCCACCUCACGUUCCUACUCCCUCUCUGAGCGUGCAUCGAUGCAGUUUGAUCAAGGUUCUACCCGGUUUGCAUCAAUAAAUGGUGUAAAUGCAGAGAGUGUAAGUAGUUCAAAUAGGCAAAGUUUGCAUUCGAAUGAGAGGCUUCCUGGAGCUGUGCUGCUUGCUAGAGCAAGGCUUCUUGAGAGACUAAGAGGCGUGUCUGUUUCUGCAAACAGGAGGGACGGCAGAGGUCCACCUAACCCUUACGACGUAAGGGAGUACUUACUGUGUGAAGAUUUCAGGGAGGUUGAUGCAGGGGACUGGGGAAGUGAAAUUUCUACAGGGUUGUCAGGUGGGAGUUCCUCUUUCACCGACCAAACCUCUCAAACAGAAGAAAAUAACAAAAAGCCUCCUGGUCUUACGCAGGAGGCCGUGGACAGUUUACCGCUGGAGGUAUUCAGGGGCGAAGAGGUGGAUGGGGAAAGGGAAUCAAGGGAUUGCAGUAUAUGUCUGGAGAGGUUCAGGGACGAAGAUGUGCUUACAAGGCUGGUGUGUGGACAUAGGUUUCACUUGACUUGCUUACAUCCUUGGGUCAGAAGUUGUGGAGACUGCCCUUACUGCAGACGAACUAUACUAUAAAUUGUAGUUCCUUCCUACUUACCAAUUGAGUACUUCAAUUUUUUUUUUCGGGUUUCCUUUUCCUCUGUAUACUUUGUGUUAACAAUGAUACCAUCAGAACUGAGAAAUGUAAAGUGUCUAAUCUUAACCUAUUAUGAGGAAACUUUUGUUUUUUAUUA